GCUGCGCCUGCUGCUUCGGUUACUACGACGACACGUCUGCAUGGUGCGACACCUACCCGUGCUGCUCGUCUAAGUCUGCAUUGAGCUCUCCUGCUUGCCAUUUAUACAUCCAAUAAGCCGCACACCCCUUGCCCGAUGGCCUCCGAGCAUGCAGAUGUCAAUGCCGCAGCGGAUGCUGCCAACGCAGAGGAACAAAAGGACCGUCCGACGCCUCUUGAUCCCGCUGUCCAUGUCCAUGGGCCCUCUUCCUCUCGUUCCUCCAACCCUUCUACCUCUUCACCGGCUGGGCCGGUUCCUGAGAGUUCGUCUAAGCCCAGGCGGACGCCCUUCCCUAUCUCGUUCCCGCCUCUCUUCUUCCAGCCCAGCAAGGCGCCGUCCGCCACGCUCGCUCCAUCUACUGCUGAGGGCAGGCCAGUCCCGGUCGCCGAUUCCACGGAGUCCCAGCACACGUCUGCGCUGCAGAAGCUGAACAGCAAGUACUCGUCGGUAGUCCGUCGCCAGGGCUACACUCCCGAAGCUCCUGCUGCUCAGAGCAGCACCUACUCUCAGCCGGUGCUUGUGCGCACUUACAGCGGACCCCCGCCGUCCCGAGGUUCUCGCAGCGCCCAGUCGCGGUCUUACAGGCCACCAAGCAGCAGCCGGGAGUUUCCCAGACGCAUGCCGCUACCCCCAUCUUCGACAUCGGGGAGCCGCCAACCCAUUGAGCCCACGCUGAGCGACGUUGGCGUUGGUACUACGAGCAGGAACAGCGCCGGUUCUCUCGGGUACAGAGCAGAUAUGAACGAGAGCAAUCCCCACGACAUGAAGAUGUCGCACCCGCACAAAGGCGGAAAACCCUCCAGCAGCAGCAGGCUGCCCUUACCAUGGCCAUGGCACUCGUCCUCGCGCCAGGAGCCCGAGGAACCCAAGUUGCCUCCACUGGAAGCCUUCUCGUUCAAGAGUUUCAUGGCUGAUAUACAGGCUCAGGGUGGCGACAAUGAUAUUGGGGCCGACCUAGACCGCAUCGCCGAGAUAUGUGCCCGCUCGCGGUACUCGCUGAGCAAUCAAUACGAAGUCCACGUAGCGCCUCAUGGUUCAGGCGCUUCGUUCACGUCAGGCGUCGGACCGCCGUCCGCAUCCGCGCCCCGCAGGAAAGGACACAGCCAUAGCCGCAGCCGCAGCCACGGUCAAAGCACGGGCGGCCCGACGCUGCAGGCCAUCACAUCGGACGACGAAAGCUCGGCCAGAUCCCACCCCAGGAGGAGGAAUGGUGGCCGGCGACAGAGUGCGGCCUACGGUACGCUAGAGACGAUCAUGUCCUCGAGCCGGUCCUCCGAGGAAGACAAAUCCAAAAAGAAGCCGGCGGCCGAACUAGUUGACGAAGUCCGCGGAAGGGCAGCAACAAAAAGGGCUCGGGACAAACACAGUGGAUCAGGUUCGGCAUCGGCAUCGGCAUCGACAUCAGCAUCGGCAUCGGCAUCAGCAUCGGCAUCAGCAUCAGCAUCUACCGGAAACGACGGAAUCGCAGUUGCCCAAGGUGGACAGCAAAGUUCCGAAGCAACCGCUGCAGAGGUAACGAACAGGUUGGCCCGGAAGAAGUCGGCCUCCUUCGCCAGCGCCAUCAUGGAUAACGGCCGCAGCUCGAAGAAAUCCAGCACCUCGUCCUCCACAGCGCAGCGGAACGCGCCUGCCGCACAGACCUCAGCCCUGCUCAGCGAGCCAGCCCAACCGCAGACAUCGAAUAGUCAUCUGGGCGUGAGUACAGCGCCAGGUGAUGCUGGAGCAUCUCCGUCUCAACCACUCCGGCGGGCGCCCAUUGUAAGGGCACCACAACCACAACAACCCCGAAUGCACCCGGCGCGCGGGGCCCGUCGUCCCCAGCACGGAUCCGCUGACGCAGGGCGAGGACAAGCCGGAUGGGGCGCUUGGAUCCCGUGGCGGACAGGGCAGCAGCAGACGGCGACGACGAGUCAUGCCGAAGGCAGCUUGAGACAGCUGCUGCGGUCUGCUGGCGAUGCGCCGUCGGCUGAGAGGAGAGUGUCAGGGGCGGGCGGUUAGCAUUGUGGUGGAAUGUCUGGAUAUGAUGAAAGAAACUUAGGUCUGCACAAGUAACCGACAUUGGUUGUAGGACUGGGAAGUGGGUAGACGCGCUGUUUC